GUGGAGAGUACCUCCCGAGCGAGCAUCUGCAGCGUGCGCGCGCAUCACGCUUUUACACACCAGAAAAAGAGACGUGGAUGGCCAUUUACAGUAAUAAUAAUAAUCAUCAUCAACAGCAUAAUCUUCAUCAUCAUCAUCUUCUUCAUUUUUCUGAUUCUUCUUUCUUAUCGCUGCGAAAAACUAGUCUCGAGAAUCACAGGAGAAAAAACAUGGCGCGCGGCGCGGAUGAGAUGAGAGCACGGUGAGCGCGAGACGGAGAGGGAUCGAGCAGGUGUAAAUAUGGCAUUUGCACUGUAAAAAAGGCGGAGCUUCUCCAACCAAUGGCAUCAUCCAUACAAAAACCACCUGGCUGAAGGGCGGAGAUUAACAUAUACGUGUGUGUGUGUGUGUGUGAGUGUGUGUGUGAGUGUGGGUGUGUGUGUGUGAGUGUGGGUGUGGGUGUGUAUGUGUGAGACCAUGUGGUACACACACCUGCUCUGGCGACCUCUGACCUUCGCCUUAGUUUUUUGGUUGCCAUGGUGGUACAUCUCCGUGGCAACGGCUGUGACCUUCCAGCCUACAGUGAACACUGCUCAGGGUCGUCUGCGCGGGAUGCGAAUCGCCGUGGCAACAGAAGGGCUCCGUCCUGUGGACCAGUAUUUGGGCGUGCCGUUUGCAGCCCCGCCCACCGGAGUUCGGAGAUUUGCGGUCCCAGAGCCCCCUGCGGCGUGGGGAGGCCUGCGUAAUGCCACUCGUUUUGCUCCCGUGUGUCCUCAGAGCGCCCGCGGCAACGUGCAUGACAUCACAGCACCCGUGUGGGCAACCUUUAACCUUGAUACCAUGGCAACGUACCUGCAGGAGCAGAGCGAAGACUGUCUCUACCUCAACCUAUAUGUCCCCACACGGGAGAGGAGCGGGCCGAAGCGGGCGGGGGAGGAGGUGGAGGAUGACGUGUUGCGUGAUGCACGUGAUGACCCAUGGCCUGUAAUGUUGUUUAUUCAUGGCGGCUCAUACAUGGAUGGAACUGGAAACAUCAUGGAUGGCAGCGUGUUAGCAAGCUACGGAAAUGUGAUCGUCAUCACACUUAACUAUAGGAUAGGAGUGUUGGGAUUCCUGAGCACUGGUGAUCAGGCUGCUAAAGGAAAUUAUGGCUUGUUGGAUCAAAUCCAGGCUUUACGUUGGAUUAAUAAGAAUAUCGGAUAUUUCGGAGGAGAUCCGGGUCGGGUCACCGUCUUUGGAUCGGGAAUCGGAGCAGCGUGUGUCAGUUUGCUUACAUUGUCUCAUCAUUCAGAGGGACUGUUCCACAGAGCGAUUAUUCAGAGUGGCUCUGCCUUGUCCAGUUGGUCAGUGAAUUAUCAGCCAGUGAAAUACACGCGAAUGUUGGCCGAGCGAGUGGGCUGUAACGUGCUGGACACACAUGACUUGGUGCUGUGUAUGCAGAAGCGGAGUUACAGGGAGCUGGUGGAGCAGGACAUCCAGCCGGCUCGCUUCCACGUCGCCUUCGGGCCUGUGAUCGAUGGUGACCUCAUUCCUGAUGACCCAGAAGUGCUAAUGGAGCAGGGGGAGUUCCUUAACUAUGAUAUCAUGCUGGGUGUCAACCAAGGGGAGGGACUUCGCUUUGUCGAGGGUGUGGUAGAGCCAGAGGAGGGUGGUGUUUCCGGGUCAGAUUUUGACUUCGCAGUUUCUGACUUUGUGGAUGGUCUCUAUGGUUACCCAGAAGGCAAGGAUACACUGCGUGAGACGAUAAAGUUCAUGUAUACGGAUUGGGCGGAUCGCGACAAUCCAGAAACGCGACGCAAAACACUCGUUGCCAUGUUUACGGAUCACCAGUGGGUGGAGCCUGCUAUGGUCACGGCGGAUUUACAUGCACGUUAUGGUUCUCCAACGUUCUUCUACGCAUUUUAUCACCACUGCCAAAGUCCGAUGAAGCCUGCCUGGGCUGACUCCGCCCACGGAGAUGAGAUUCCUUAUGUGUUCGGAAUUCCGCUCGUUGGACCCACCGAACUUUUCCCUUGCAAUUUUUCACGCAAUGACAUCAUGCUGAGUGCCGUCGUCAUGACGUACUGGACCAACUUCGCCAAGACCGGAGACCCGAAUAAACCUGUCCCUCAGGACACAAAGUUCAUCCACACGAAAGCGAACCGUUUUGAGGAGGUGUCGUGGUCCAAGUACAGUCCUGAGGAUCAGCUCUACUUGCACAUCGGCCUCAAACCACGUGUACGAGAUCAUUACCGCGCCACUAAAGUCGCUUUCUGGAAGCACCUGGUUCCCCACCUGUACAACCUAAAUGACAUGUUCCACUACACCUCCACCACCACCACACGGGCACCACCCCCUCCUGCACAGGCCACUCCCACUGGACCACGCCCCCCCAGGCGCCCUGGCCCACUGGUCAUUGCUAAUCCUCGCGAUUAUUCCACCGAGCUCAGUGUCACCAUCGCCGUUGGAGCAUCGCUGCUUUUCCUCAACGUCCUGGCAUUUGCUGCACUCUAUUACCGCAAAGAUAAACGCAGCCGGCAAGCCACGCCCCCUCCACGACAGCCAACGCCCCCUCGUCACCAGGCUGCACCUGUGUCCUGCGAGAAAGAUGCAAGAUCAUCCCCGAGGGAUUACACACUCACACUACGUCGCUCGCCGGACGACGUCCCACUCAUGUCGCCCGACUCAGUCGCCAUGACGCCCAACAGUGUAGCCAUGACUCCGGAUUCUGUUUCCAUGACACCCAGUUCGCUGAUGGGCUUUCCCAGCAUGCACCCCUACAACACCUUUACACAUGGAUACAACAACGCUGGCCUGCCGCACACACACUCCACAACCAGAGUAUAACAACACACACUAGAACUGGUUCAAACCCGUUUCAGCAGCUAAAACACACACACACACACACACACACACACACACACACUCAUUCAUGGUUUAACCAGUUCAAUCCACCUAGGUACAAAUUCGUCCAAUAUUGAAAAAUAAAAAAAUAUUGUACAAAAUAACUUAAGUGCCAAGAUGGAGGAUAAACGCAUCACUGAACCGUGACAUCAGCGUAGAUUAGCCGUAGAGACGCUUUCUUACAUUAUGUUACUUAUUUAUCGUGUAUUUACACUCAGCGUGGUGCAGAGUAUACACACAAUAUCUUAUGGAAUGUUUUUGUCUACAUUUUAUACAUAUUUACAAUUAUUCUAAUUAUGCUAAGCUACUUAAUUAGUUCUACUUCUCUAAAAACAGUUUUUCUACCAAUGUUGUUAACAAAGCUAGCUAGCGCUCUUACUGACCUGUUCUUAGACGUUCUUUUUGGUCUUGUAAAUGCUUAUUUAUUUGUCUGUGAGAGUCAGCAGGGGGUUGGGAAAGCGCCCCCUGUAGGUUAACGUGCUGUUAAAACAUUUCUGUUCACAUGCAUUACAUGAUAUUUACAUGUAUCCUCGCUAUUUACAGAUCUCUUGCUUUCCUAAAGACAUUUUCUCAGUAAAGUUGCAGACAGAGUUAGCAAAAUAACCUUUAUUUUCUUACACUAUCACAUUCAUAACUUUUCCCAACACUCUUGGCUUCAGCUGGUCUUCACUCAGUCCUCUGUGAGUUAAUGGUAACAGCAGGAGAAUUCGAAAUCAGAAUAAACCCAAAGUGAGAGAGACAUCAAACACCCAGACCCAACACCUCACUUAUAGGUUUAAUAUCAUUCAGUUAACCUGGCAGUUCUGUAAUUCUACAUAUGAAAUAAUCCAGUGAGACACACAGCACUGGGUUUAGUGUCUGUGGCACUGGGUUCAGUGUCUGUGGCACUGGGUUUGGUGUCUGUGGCACUGGGUUUGGUGUCUCUGGUACUGGGUUUGGUGUUUGGUGGAGUGUUUGAGAUGGAGCUGUAUUACUGGAGUCAGUGCUGGUGUUUUAAUGGAGAAUGUUGGUUUUUAAUGAAGCCUGUGGAAUUGGUGAGCUCUGGGUUUAUGAUGCUGAGGGCAGUGGGUGGAGCUUUGCUCCACCAAUCAUGUCUGUGUUCUCUUCUUCCUUUUCUGCUCAGUAAAUAGGAAACAUCAGUGUAAAUUAUGAUUGGUUGAUAAACUUCAGAACACAUGCUAAUACACAUAAACACACUUUAACUUACUAACACAAUAUUUUUGAAUGUAAAUGACAAAGAAUUGUAUUCUGAAGUUCUGAUUGGUUGAGGGUAAGCUGAGGGGUGGAGUUAGCAUUCAUAGCUUUAAUUAUAAUCUCAUGCAUUAUUUAUUCAUUACUGCAUAUUUAAUGUGGUUUAGAUCAAAGUGAUUUUUGUAUUUAUUUAAAACACAAGACACACACACACACAUGCACACGUGCACACACGCACACACACACACACACACACAGGAUCUCUGGCUGUCUCUCAUUCACAUCUUGCUGCAGUGCCUCGUGUGGACAAUAGGAGGCGCUCAGACAUCAAGCGUUUCAUUGAACAGACAAUCAAACAGAACACAGAACCCCGGAGCUGCCAAAACUCUCCAUUCCACUGAGACAGUAAUAAUAAUAAUGAAUAAUAAUAAUGUGUGUUAUAGAAGUAAUAAUUCUGUGUGUACUUUAUUAGAUAAGAAGUUUCUGUUUGUUUUCUCUCUGACUAUUUUCACACAAACUCAUGUUCUUUUUCUUCACACAUCAGUUCUUUACACUAUAAAGUAAUCAACACUUUUGGGGUUUUCUUUUUAUUUAUUACAAAUUAUUAUUCAGCAGUUAUAUUAAAUUAAAAUGUUACAGUAAUGUGUGUGUGUGUGUGUGUGUGUGUGUGAGAGAGAGAGAGAGAGAGAGAGAGAGAUUCCCAUCCAGACUGAAGGUUUGCACACACACUCAAUCAUUGUCAUCACACACACAUGCUAUUUCUGAUCUCAGUGGUAUUUUAUGCUGAGUGAGUCACACUAGAACUAGCAUUAGAGUACACACGCUAAACAUGAGCUAGCAUUAGAGUACACACGCUAAAUAUGAGCUAGCAUUAGAGUACACAUGCUAAACAUGAGCUAGCGUUAGAGUACACACGCUGAACAUCAGCUAGCGUUAGAGUACACACGCUAAACUUCAGCUAGCGUUAGAGUACACACGCUAAACUUGAGCUAGUGUUAGAGUACACACGCUAAACUUGAGCUAGUGUUAGAGUACACACGCUAAACUUGAGCUAGUGUUAGAGUACACACGCUAAACUUGAGCUAGUGUUAGAGUACACACGCUAAACUUCAGCUAGCGUUAGAGUACACACGCUAAACUUGAGCUAGUGUUAGAGUACACACGCUAAACAUGAGCUAGUGUUAGAGUACACACGCUAAACUUGAGCUAGUGUUAGAGUACACACGCUAAACAUGAGCUAGUGUUUGAGUACACACGCUAAACAUGAGCUAGCAUUCUAGUAAACAUACUAACAUAUGAGCUAGCAUUCUAGUAAACAUGGUAACAUAUGAGCUAGCAUGCUAUUAAACAUGCUAACAUAUGAGCUAGCAUUUUAGUAUACAUGCUAACACUAGCACCACUGUAUAAAACAUAUUGUGUUAUUAAAACUGGCUGACCAACAUCAUUACAAUAACCCAUUAUCUAGCACUCAGCAGUCAUGCUAAUUCAACUAGCAUCAUAGGAAACAGGCGAACAUACCACCUUAAAGACAGCGUAGGGUUAUGUAGGGUUACACAGGGUUUUGUAGGUUUAUGUAGGGUUAUGAACGGUUAUGUAGGGUUAUGAACGGUUAUGUAGGGUUAUGGCGAUAACAUCAGACAUGAGCUUAUUCAUCACAGUGUUCAUUUUACUUCCUACGAGUGUGUGUGCGAGUGUGUGUGUGUGAGUGUGUGUGUGAGUGUUUGUGUGUGUGUGUGUGUGUAUAAGAGAUUUAUCUCUAGUUCCAGCAUUUUAUUUCAUUUUGUCCUUCUAAAUGUGUUUAUUUUCCAUGAUUUGAACACCUUAAUUAUUGCUCUGCUUUAAUCUGAAAUAUUUCUGCGUUGGUUUGUGUGAGAAAUCGUCCUUUAGCUGCGUGUAAGAUGUUACAGAUGUUACAGAUGUUACAGAUGUUUAACUAGUUUCCUGGUGCAGGCUUUACAUUUUACAGACAAAAUGGCUUCAAAACUUUUUGUAAAAGAAUCACGAAUGUAUGGAAUGUAUAAUUAUUAUAGGGCUUCUACAGCAGUGUGUGUGUGAGAGAGAGAGAGAGAGAGAGAGAGAGAGAGAGAGAGUGUGUGUGUGAGUAUGUGUGGGUGGGUGGGGGUGAGUGUGUAUGUGUGUAAGUGUAUAUGUGAGUGUGUGUUUGUGUGUGUGUGGGGAGGUGUGUGUGUGUGUUUGUGUGUGUGUGGGGAGGUGUGUGUGUGGGGGGGGGAGGUGUGUGUGUGUGUGUGUCUGUGUGUGAGCGCACAACCCACGGGUUUUUAUUUUCUGAUCACGCUCAUUCUGGUCCGAGUGGUAAUUAAACACUGCUCUGUGUAGUGCACACACACACACUCACACACACACACUCACACUCUCACACUCACACACUCACACACACACACUCACACACACACACUCACACACACACACACACACACUCACACACACACACUCACACACACACACUCAC